CGUUUUGGAGUAGAUUUGAGCUUACAUUACAUGUAAUGUGAACACAAACAGGCGACGUUGAAUUUCUCCUGUCUCUCUGAAAUCUGAGCAAUUGGGGGUUGUUAUUCAAGGCUUGUGGAAUCUCAACCUGUUCGUUUCUCUUCUUCUGCUAUUGGUACUUGUUCUCUGUUCAUUGUUCCUCGAGGCGCCAUUGUUCAUUUAGUGGUCUUGGAAGAACCUGUUCAGAAACAUCUUAAUCCUUCUUCAUACGGGCCUUCAUGGUAUUGUUGGUGUGAGCUGGGGACACUUCUUACCUAUUAUCUUUGCAACUGUACUAAGUGAACUUGAUAUUCAUAUGUACAUACAUUGUGUUGCUGGUAGGUGUUUUGAUCAUGUCCAAUAGUCCAGGGCUACAGCAAUGUGGAACCCAUACCCAGCAAUGUGGCACCACAACAGUUACCAACACCUGGCAAGCAAACAGCUCAAAUGGAACCAAGGUCCACUUACCUGGGCUCACCACAUUUAUUAGCUAACAAGCAGCCAGCACAAAUGGAGCCCAUGCCCAGCAACCUGAUGACACGCCAAUUCUCAAUAUCAAAGCAAACUGUACGAAUAGAGACUCUGCCCACUAAAGCAGGGUCACAACAUUUGUCAUUACCAAACAAGCGAACAGCUCAGAUGGAACCAUCUCCAAAGGCCCAAACUGAGUCAUUUGAAUCAGUCAGGUCAAAGUUGAGAGAAUCAUUAACCACUGCCUUGGCCUUGGUUUCUCAGCAGCAGAAUAAACUGUCAGAUGAGGGAAAGACUUCACAGAAUGAAGCUGCAGAUGUUCCAAGGCAGGUCCAUGAAGAUUCUCAGCCAGCUGAGUCUGUUUCAGCAACUGUGGAUAUGGCAUCAGGUCAUGUACCUGAAAGGCAUUUGGAGACCCUUCCUCUACAAGAUCUCAGUUCUGCUCAUGAACCCAAUGAUGGUCAAACUUCUGCUCAAGAAGUUUUGUCUAAUGAAAAUGCAUCAAAGACCUGGAAGGUUGAUGGACAAGAAUUCCAAUUGAAGCAGGUCUUUCCUGAAGAAGAUGCUUCAUUCAUCAACAGUUUUCUCAUCAAAGACGAGCUUUUACAGGGAAAUGGGCUUUGCUGGGCAACAGACCUAAAAGUAGAAGUUGCUGAAACAGAUGAAUGCCAUCCUGCCAAAAGACCCAAAUUAGAACAUGAGGAAGCAUGUAGAGAUGGGGUAGAACAAGCAUGUGAAACUCUACAAACAUUGGCCUUCAAAAUUGAAGCUGAGCUCUUCAAAUUAUUUGGAGGUGUUAAUAAGAAGUACAAGGAGAAGGGCAGGUCUCUUUUAUUCAAUUUGAAAGAUCGUAAUAAUCCAGAGCUGAGAGAAAAAGUGAUGUCUGGAGAAAUUACCCCAGAACGUCUCUGUUCUAUGACUGCAGAGGAACUUGCUUCAAAAGAGCUAUCUCAGUGGAGACUUGCCAAAGCAGAAGAGCUUGCACAGAUGGUAGUUUUGCCAGAUACAGAAGUCGACAUUAGACGAUUGGUGAGGAAAACACAUAAAGGUGAGUUUCAAGUGGAAUUUGAACAAGAUGAUAGUGUUUCAGUUGAGGUUGCUGUUGGGGCAAGUUCACUUUCUCAAAUUCAACCCAAAACCAUUGAAAUGAAUGCUCAGCUUCCAUCUAAACCUAGUGCUACUGAAACAUCUGAAAUGGCUGUUAAGCCUGAGAAGAAUAUCUUAGAAGACAAAACUCCACCAAGUAACACAAGUGCUAUUCAGCACGAUGGAACUGAUUAUAUGCAAGGGUUCAUGGUGGAUGAAUUGAGGGAUUCAGAGUUUCUUCCCCCAAUAGUCUCCCUAGAUGAAUUCAUGGAAUCUCUUGAUUCAGAACCACCAUCUGAAAAUUUACCAGUAGCUUCUGGACAGGAUGCAACUAUCUCAGGUGAGAAGAGGUGUCCUGAUGUUGGCACCAAAUUGGAUUCUUCAGAUCUUGGUUCAGUAGAUCCUGUAGAUACUACCCCAAGUAAAUUGGAGAAAAUGGAUGCAAAAUACAAAAGAACAGAUAGUAAUGUGAAAUCCAAUGACAUUCUAAUAGACAUGGGAGCCUCCCCUCCUGGUUCUGCAUCUAAGGGCGAGCAUAUCUGGGAAGGUACACUUCAGUUGAAUAUCUCAACCUUGGUCACAGUUAUUGGCUUCUUUAAAAGUGGUGAAAAAACAUCUACAAAGGAGUGGCCUAACUUUCUUGAGAUCAAGGGGAGGGUCAGACUCAAUGCAUUUGAGAAAUUCCUCCAAGGUCUCCAUAUGUCCCGGAGUCGUGCAAUUAUGAUCGUCCAAUUUUGUUGGAAGGAGGGUUCCUCUCAGAGUGGGCGUGCAAAUCUUUCUGAGGUGGUUGAUUCGUAUGUUAUGGACGAAAGAGUGGGGUUUGCCGAGCUACCUGGUGUUGAACUAUACUUCUGCCCACCUCACACAAGAAUGGUUGAAAUUCUUGGCAAUCUCUUGCCGAAGGACCAAGCAGAGGCACUUUGUAGUACAGAUAAUAGCCUAAUUGGGGUGGUAGUAUGGAAGAAGGCUCAUUUAACUUCUUCUAUAUCACCCAAUUCAUCUUCCCAUCACAAACACAGUUCAAAAAAGCAGCAAUACGCUUUAAGGAGACAAGAUAAGGAUGCUAAUGCAAAUGGCAAUACCAAUGCAACUUCAACACCUCCAUUACCUUUGGGACCACCUCCCACUGAUCCUGAGCCUCCACCUGAUGAUGAACCCAUUGACGAUGUACCGCCCGGCUUUGGCCCGGCAGCUCCCAGGGACGAGGAUGACCUCCCAGAAUUUGAUUUCGUUAGAGGCACAAACGUAACAGCCUCUUCGGUUCCCAAACUUUCACGUGGCUCUGGCAUGGCCGCCUUCCUUGCCCCCUCUCAACCUGUACCUCGUCCAGUUGAGCAAAUGAGAGAACUGGUACACAAUUAUGGCCAGACCGCACUAGGUGCCAACUCUGGCAAUUGGGUGGACAGUCAUUCAGGGAUUGAGGUUCAGCCUUGGAAUGAUGAUGACGACAUCCCUGAAUGGCAGCCACAAUCCCUACAACAGCAGCAGCUGCCUUCCCCAGUGGCACAACCAGUGAACAACUUCCAGCAGCCACUGAUGCCUCCACAUAUGGUAAACCAAGUGUUGAUGCAAUCUAAGCAGGCUUCCGUUCAGCCCUCUCGGCCUAUGGGACUGCUUGUGGCACCACAAAUGCCUACGCAGCCUCUACAGCCCCCGAUGAACAUGAUGCAAGGCCAAGCCCAGCAAUCUCCUGCUCCCAUGCGGCAGCAAGGGGUGUGGUGGGUUGGAUCCCAGGGCCUUUCUGUCCAAGGCACUGGCACGGUACAACCCUUGCAUUUUGCUGGGCAGCUGGUUGAAGGCCAGUUUUAUGGGGCACCACCCAGCUUUGGAGCUGCACAGAACAGUACGGAUUGGAGACAAGAUACCUCCAGAAGUAGAGGUUUUUGAGUUAUCAUGUGUAAAUUCCCUGUAGCUAGGCAGCAUCUUAAUAUUAGAUAGAUGCCCAGUUCUGUGAAUGUAUAAUUUUUAUGUAAUCUUGCUCUUCAGCUUACAAUUAAAAGGUAGUUGUGGCCAUGUGGGUCAGCACAUGGGGUCCAAGUUUUUGAUAUUGGAAAUGUGCAUUCUGACCAUUUGUAGCUUUAUCAAUAAGACUUUUUUUUUUGUCGUA